AUGUCUACCCUGCUAGUCUACAAUAACGGCAAUGAACCUACUUCACUUGAGCGCUUCGUUCAAGGUUCGAUCGACCGGCUCAUAGGUUGCUUCACUCAUACUUUCCGCGGCACCAGUUUGGAAUACUGGCUGCUCGAUCCUAGUGGUCAGGCCUAUACUCUCUUCCUGACCACACUGGUAGGCGUCUCAAUCUGGCUUUUCUAUUCCAAUGAGAAGUUGAAGGCUCUCGUAGUUCUUAGGUCCGCCAAUGCUUGGCUGGAAGAAGAGGUGUUGGUAGAGGCAGAUGUCAAUAGUGGACAAGACGACGAUGGUAUACCGUUACCAUCGUCUCCUGGAGCCUCAUCUCUUGCACGUGAAGAGACACCUAUCAUGCGAAAACUAGCACCCCCCGGCCACCGUCCCACCAAUGCGCACCUCGAAGGCUCACCUUUUCGUGUCGCAAAAUCUCUAGGGCCUCGUUCCGACUAUUUCAUGGCGUCCGGUUAUCAAACGCUUACUCCGGCCAAACCCAGGCUUUCCGAGGCGUUUUCAAAUACAUAUCUGCACUGCGACCACGUAUCAGAUUUCGCCAAAGACGCGCCUAACUCAUCUCGGACUUUCGAAGGAGACGACAGGUUUAACGCGGAUAGAACGCCAACAAAGAAGAGGGAGGCGGAGAAGGGGGCUACGAGUAUGAUAGGUCUCGGAAGGAAGGCACAAAUAGCGGAUAAGCCCGUUGUUGCUCACUGGUCGAAUGAGGUCGGUCGGAAUGGCGGUCGAGCAACAUUGAGGCGCGAGAUGAACGACGAAAAUUUUGCCUGA